UACGUCCAAAUUGAUUGAUUUACAGACUAGAGGACAUCAAACUUGAAAUUCUCACCUAUACAUUGACCAACAAGAAAAAGAUUUUUCCAGAGAGGCAUUGAAAUUUUGAAAACAAGAGCUGUUUCCAUGCUCCUUCUCACCUUACUUAAUUACCUUUUUGUCCUUUACCCUUUUCUGUCUCUCUCUCUCUCUCUCUCUCUAAUUUUGCAAUAUACGGUUCCCUAUAAAAUGGUUCCUUCGUUAUUAUUGUGAUGAUCAACUUGGGUAACAAUGGCAGAGGAAGUGAAGUUGUUGGAUUUUUGGCCCAGCAUGUUUGGUAUGAGAGUUAGAAUAGCUUUGGCACAGAAGGGUGUGGCUUAUGAGUAUAUUGAAGAAGAUCUGAGAAACAAGAGCCCUUUGCUUCUUCAAAUGAAUCCAAUUCAUAAGAAAAUCCCAGUUCUGAUUCACAAUGGAAAACCCAUUUGUGAAUCUUCCAUUAUUGUUCAGUAUAUUGAUGAAGUUUGGAAUGACAAAGCUCCUCUCUUGCCUUCUCAUCCUUAUGACAGAGCUCAAGCCAGAUUUUGGGUUGAUUUCAUUGAUAAGAAGCUUUAUGAUCCUACAAGGAAGAUAUGGGCUACCAAGGGAGAAGAGCAUGAAGCAGGAAAGAAGGAGAUGAUAGAAAUAUUGAAGCAAUUGGAACAAGUUCUUGGAGAAAAGGACUAUUUUGGAGGUGAAAGUAUGGGAAUUAUAGACAUUGCUUUGAUUGGAUUUUACAGCUGGUUCUAUACAUAUGAGACAAUAGGGAAAUUCAGCAUUGAGGCCGAGUGUCCAAAGAUAAUAAGUUGGGGAAAGAGAUGUUUGCAAAAUGAGAGUGUGGCUAAGUCCCUUCCUGACUCCAGAAAGAUCUAUGAUUUUGUGGUUCAAGUGCAAAAAGCUAUGGGGAUUAUUUGACCAAAACAAUCACUAAUAAAUUCAUGUGUAAUGUUUUAUAUGUUGUGUUUAGUUUGGAGGGGUUUUUGGGUAUUUUAAUUUCUGUGUUUUGGGUCUUCUAAAGAAAAAAAGAUGGUUCAUUUGCGCAUUUGCUUGAUUGUGUGUGUGCUUUUGAACAAUUUGUCAAUGUAGCGAGUCUCACUGUUCAAUAAAAUGGCAAUAUUGUCAUAAAUUGCCAUUUACUUUUGGUGAAUGCUGAUCUUUAAGAAUUUGUUUUGGUUUCACUUGGUAAA